AUGAAGCGGAGAGUAGGAGGAGGAAGAGGAGGGUUGGAGUGAAGCGACCAGCAGCGGGUCUGGCGGUGAUGAUGGUGAUGAUGGUGAUGAUGAUGGUGGGGAUGUGAGUCAGAAGGCGGAGGAUCCGGGAUGCUCACAGACUCUCCGAACCAACCGAACCCUUCAGACACGCACAGAGCCUAGAGGAGGAGAAUCCCGCAGGAUCCGGCGGUGACACGCAAGCAGCAUACAGGUGAUUGUUCCGGACAGGCAGGAGGACUUCAGCUCCCAGGAUGCCUGAGCAGAGCAACGACUACCGGGUGGUGGUGUUCGGAGCAGGCGGGGUGGGGAAGAGUUCGCUCGUUCUGCGGUUUGUUAAAGGCACCUUCAGGGACACCUACAUCCCCACGGUGGAGGACACCUACAGACAGGUGAUCAGCUGCGACAAGAGCGUCUGCACGCUGCAGAUCACUGACACGACAGGAAGUCACCAGUUCCCCGCCAUGCAGCGGCUCUCCAUCUCCAAAGGUCACGCCUUCAUCCUGGUCUACUCCAUCACCAGCCGCCAGUCCCUGGAGGAACUCAAACCCAUCUACCAACAGAUUCUGGCCAUCAAAGGGAGCGUGGAGUCCAUUCCCAUCAUGCUCGUGGGCAACAAGAGCGACGAGACGGCCCAGCGCGAGGUGGAGACCAAGGUGGGCGAGGCUCAGGCCACUUCCUGGAAGUGCGCCUACAUGGAGACGUCGGCGAAGACGAACAGCAACGUGAAGGAGCUUUUCCAGGAGCUGCUGGCGCUGGAGAAGAAGCGGGACAUGAGCCUGAGCAUCGACGGGAAGCGCUCCGGGAAACAGAAACGAGCCGACAAGCUGAAGGGGAAGUGCAGCGUCAUGUAGGGCGAGGGAGGCUGGCAGUCCGCCUCUCUGCCCCGACGGACAAAACGCCCGGAACAUUCACACCGGGCCUGGACCGGGCCUGGACCGGGCCUGGAGCGGGCCUGGACCGGGCCGGGUCUCCAAUCUGUACAUAUGAGCUCCACUGGUAACAACAGGAAAUCUGGACCUUAAAGACUCACAACACCGAUGUUUCUAAACGUUCCUGGACCUGGAAAUACUUCAACAAUCUGGUGUUUUUCUUUCCUUGUGACUGGAUCGGCAGUCCGUCCGCCGGUUCUACAGCAUGCAUCUCAACAUGAGGGCCGGAGCUGCAGCCGACUCAUCAUUUCUACGCUUUUUCCUCUUCUCUGGCUGCUGGGGAUUCUGAUGCAACACAUCAAUAACCGUUUCCGGGACCAGAGGCUGAACGUUGGGGGGCCAAAGGUCACCUGUGGGCAGAAAGACUCUGUAGUAUCUAUAACGUGUUUUUGUUGGUGUGGAACUGGGAAAAGUGUCUUUGCAGUCAUCAGAUAUUUACACAUUUCUGUUUUAUUAUUAUUCUUUUUGUUUUUGAGAUUGGACCUGCUGGUUCUGACGUUCUCCAUCAGAACUUUAACACCUGAAUAAAACAGGUGUAUUGCCUGAUCAACAUGGUUUCCAGUUCUGCAAAUCCUUGAUAAGGAACUGAUUGUUCGGUUUGCUGCAGCAGAAAAGGAUCUGAAAGUUCAGGAAUCUUCCUCAAGGACUGGAGUUUCAGUCCUCAAGCAGCUAAACUGCUGAUGCUAACAGCAGAGCUAACUCUUUGGUUUAGUGUUUGACAACAGCUAGCACACUUAGCCUCCCCUAAAUUAACUUUUUCAGAAGAAUGAAUUUACUUGGCUGCUUUGUAAACUUUCAGUUGAAUAAAGAUCAACAUGUGU